UGAAAAGCUCAGCAUCAACAGCUGUCUCCAGCAGCAACACCACAACUCUCGUCCCAACUCCCCCGUCACCUUUCUCCCGCUCAGUAGCGUCCCGUUAUUGUGGUCGCGUUCCCUGGCGAAUUUUAAGUCGAGCCUUUUCGUCUCUAAUUUUUCCUUGCCGCCAUGGGUAUCCCGAUGUAUCGCGAACCCUCGCCCUCAGAGGCCAGAGCCUGCGGGAAAGGCGACCCCUCCGCGACCGCACGCUCUGCGAUCCGGAGACAAGCCACCACCCGUCGCUCAUCGCGCAGCAGCAUUCGUCCGUUGAGCGGUGCAACCUUUCGCUCGAAUCUACCCCGUCAGUUGAGCGAAGAGAUCAAUCGUGAAAUCGAGCGCCGUCACACGCGAUCGCCAGCGUUGGGCCUAACCCAGGGUGAAGACGCUCUCCUCGAACUCACGGGCGGCUCAAUCGUGUCGGAUUCCACAAGACGGGAGGCAGGUCAGAGGAUUCUGAGAGACGCGCUACGCCACGGCCAUCCCGGACGACGUCUGAGGAUCCCUCGAGAGUCGACGCUACGCUUCGAGGUCCCCAGUCCGCUCUGGGCCAUGGGUGAACUCUCGAACCGUUCCCCAUCGGGAGAAGAGUCUGCAAAUAAUCGCAAUUCGGAGCACCCCCUGUUCACCCCACGGUUCGCUCCUGCUUUUGCGUAUCACAGCACAAUCUCAUCCCAGCCACAUCCAGAUAUAUCGGCUCUGUUGCACGCUCCAGGACUGGGUGGAUCUGACGAUUCGGCUGCUAGUAUGCCGUUGUUGCGCCGGGUCGGCCACCGCUCUGUGAAUGGAGCAAACUCACAGGAUCCGCACCGUAGGAGCAUCAUCGAUGGCCUUGGAGAUCGUGAACGCAGUUUCAGCCCGGAUGACGAUCAGGAGCACGAUGCGUGGGAGACACUGCUGACCACCAUCACGCCCGACGUACAGCUACCGAGUGCUGAUUCUUCUUUCACUUCUGCUGCGGCUUCUGCUUCUACGGGGGCGUCAAGAAACACGACAAACACUUCGACCAACUCCUCUCACACAUUGCCGUCGUCUCUGGACUCCUCCGCAGCGAUGCACAUGAUCCUGGAUCCUUACCCAGAACUCCUGAACCCAUGCGACUGGCCAAGCUCUGAUUCUGAUACUGAGGCGGAGCCAGACUUGAGCUCACGACCAUCGACGACUCGCUACCGUAGGCAUCGGCUGCUAGACUCGCUCCGUCGUCCUGCCGGCGUAGGCUCGACUCAAGACAGCCAGCCUCCGAUUCCUGCCGUUGCCUUCUCAUUCUCUCAGGAGACCGCCGACCCCGAUCUGCAACAGAUGCAAGCCAUGCUAAACCGUCUUGUGAAUAGGGAAGACAUCCCAGACGAUUGGUGGGCUGCAGCUGGACUGUCACGCACCAUGGGCCGCAGGCUCGGCGCUGGUGAUGAGCUUCCGCGCACAGAUAUCCCUGAUGGACCUCUCUAGAACGAUAGGUCCAGGUCAUGGAUGCUUUAGAAACGACUUGUUUUUCAUUAUUAUUAUUAUUAUUCCUUUUUGAGAGUUUUUUUGAGACAGCGGGUUUCUUAGACAAGGGGUCUACAUAACCGGGGGUGUUGGCGUUUCAUUUGAGCGGGUUCUGUCUGUUGUUUGUCUGAUUUAUUCCCUGCUCUUUCCUUCCUGGCUUGAAC